AUGUGUGACAGUAUCACGCGAUCCACCUUCGCAGGCGCUGGCAGUAAAGUUGGCCACUGGCUGGGAGACAACAAUGCUGACUGGGACCACUACCGCUGGACGAUUGCUGAGCUGCAAGAAUUCGCCGCGCUCUACCAGAUCCCGAUGGUGGGCAGCGACAUUUGCGGCUAUGCUGGUCUGACGACUGACACUCUUUGCUCUCGCUGGGUCUUCCUUGGCGCCUUCUCGCCGUUUUUCCGCGAUCAUCAGAACGUUGGCGAACCGCCACAUGAGCUCUACCGGACCCCUAUGGUUGCUGCUGCAGCCCGAGCGGCCAUCGAUAUUCGCUACCGCCUGCUUGAUUACGCCUACACUGCCAUGUGGACGCAGACGCAGACAGGCUCGCCGAUGUUAAAUCCAAUGUUCUUCGAAUACCCCCUAGAUAGCAACACAGCGGAUCUGCCUUACCAGUUCUUCUGGGGAUCGAACAUCAUGGUGGCGCCUGUCACGGAGGAGAACUCUACCACGGUAUCUGUUUAUAUGCCUAAGGAUCUCUUCUACGACUUCUACACCGGCGCUCCCGUCCAUGGACAAGGCGAAACUGUCACCCUGACUAAUAUCGGGUAUGACACUGUGCCAUUGUACUAUAAGAGCGGUAGCAUCAUUCCCCAGCGUGUCGCGUCAGCCUAUACAACAACACAAUUGCGACAACAAGACUUUGAAAUCGUGAUCGCUCCAGACUCAACGGAUCAGGCAUCUGGCACAUUGUAUCUCGACGACGGCGACAGCAUUGAGCAGCCGCAUACGUCGGUGAUCAACUUCGACUACCGCGGGGGAGAAUUUUCCAUGACUGGCAAAUUUGAUUACGAUGUGGGCAAGGUAGGGAUCUGCCAGAUUACGGUUCUAGGCAAUCACGUACAAAAACAUGCCGUUAAUAUCAAAUUGACGAGGGAUUAUCACACACGACUGAACUAG